UUCUACGGCAUGAUAACAGGUUCCGUCAGAGUCAGUUGGAGCAGUAACGUUAGCCUAGCAUCGGACGUUGUCGUCAAACACAAGAGACAGGAAUUUGACCAAAAAAAAAAAUGAAGUUCGUUAGGUUUAUAAUGAAAAAUGCCAGCUUGGCCAGUGUGCCCAAACAUAUUGAACAUUUCUCUAAAUUUUCUCCUUCACCGCUCUCCAUGAAGCAGUUUCUCGAUUUCGGCUCCAUCAACGCCUGUGAGAAGACAUCCUUUGUCUUUUUGAGACAGGAGCUCCCUGUAAGACUUUCAAACAUUAUGAAGGAAAUUAACCUGUUGCCUGACAAACUGCUCACAACCCCGUCUGUGCAAAUGGUGCAGAGCUGGUACAUCCAGAGUUUAAUGGAGAUCCUUGAAUUCCUAGACAAGAAUCCGGAUGACUACAAAGUCCUGGAAGAGUUUGUUGACGCCUUAGUUACCAUCAGAAACAGGCACAACGAUGUAGUGCCGACCAUGGCCCAGGGUAUCAUAGAAUACAAAGAGGUCUUCCCCCACGACCCAGUAACUAACCAGAAUAUCCAGUACUUUCUGGACCGCUUCUACAUGAGCCGCAUCUCUAUCCGCAUGCUCAUCAACCAGCACAGUCUUAUAUUUGAUGGUACUGCCAACCCUGUCCACCCAAACACCAUUGGGAGCAUUGACCCUAACUGUAAAGUUGGAGAUGUAGUCCAAGAUGCCUUCCACAGUGCCAAGAUGCUGUGUGACCAGUACUAUCUCCGCUCCCCUGAUCUGAUACUACAGGAGAUGAGCAACAAGAAGAACCUUCCAAUAAGCAUCGAGUACAUUCCCUCUCACCUUUAUCACAUGCUCUUUGAGCUCUUCAAGAAUGCAAUGAGGGCCACCAUUGAGACCCAUGAGAACAUCAACAACCUUCCACCCAUUCAAGUCAUGGUGUCUCUUGGAGGCGAGGACAUGUCAAUUAAGGUGAGUGACAAGGGUGGUGGUGUCCCCUUUCGAAGGAUCGAGAACCUUUUCAGCUACAUGUACUCCACUGCUCCUGCUCCACAGAUAGGAGAGUACACACGGCCUCCACUGGCUGGCUUCGGCUACGGUCUGCCCAUCUCUCGUCUCUACGCCAAGUACUUCCAGGGGGACCUGCAGCUCUACUCCAUGGAGGGCCACGGCACAGACGCUGUCAUCUACUUGAAGGCGCUGUCCACAGACUCCAUCGAGAGGCUGCCAGUGUACAACAAGACUGCUCUGAAGAACUACAAAGUGAGCCAAGAGGCUGACGACUGGUGUAUACCCAGUAAAGAGCCCCUAGAUUUGAGCAACUAUAAGGUAGCAAAGUGAAAAUGUCCUUUCUGUUUUCAUAUUCCCAUGUCAUCAUCUGUCAUGGCAGAAGUGGGCAUCGAACCUUUUUCUACUGAGAGGGUCAUCUCCAGACUGAAGCAGACAAAGUGUCCUCUUAUAUUUCAGUCUGGAUUUAGCAGUAGCAUGUUCAUGUUGUGUUCAGUCCAUGUUGUCCUUUUGGCUUCUUCAUAAGAAAAUAGAAAACAGCUACUAACAGAAUGAUUGUCACAAUCACAUCUGAGUCAUCUCCAAUGUUGCAUCAACAGGGAGUGUAAGUGGACAUGCAGGCUAGAGUCAUGUGCAGGUAGAGACCGAGGCAGCACCCAGCAUGUUAAUGGCUGUGGGAAUAUGAGUGGACCGAUGCAAAGUAACAGUGGAGGGUCUAAAUAUUCCAGUUUAAGACACUACACAUGCAGUAAUGUUCUUACUGCAGAUGUUUGGGGUGCGACAUAUGGAGGUAUUCAGUUGAACAGGGGGAGCCUGUUGUUGAACAAUUGAAAGAGGACCAGAUCCUAUCUCCUGUAGGAAAUGUCACUCAUGCCUUACAGUAGCAACUUCACCUAAAGGCUAAUUUCAUUGAAAUACUUGAACUAUUUAAAAUAAUACUCGUGUUGCACCUUGUUAAAUUAUACAGAGUACUAUAAUACUGCUGGCUCUGUGGAUUUGAACAAAUGUACUUUGAAGUUAAGUGGUUUUGUGCUUUCUGCAUGGGUAUUUGUUCGCACUUUUGAUAUUUCAGCCUUUAAAUAUUGAAUCACAGUAUUUUCACUGACUGAUAAGAUACAGUGUUAUCUUAACAUCAGUUUUCUGGACCAGGCCGAAUGUAUUACACUCUUUGAUGUGCAUUCAUUUGCAUCAAUUCCAGAGACAAAGAGUAUUACACGAUAGAAACUACAGCGCUAUAGGGCCUAAGUUCUCUCUGAUAUACCACGUUUUACAGCCAGCCACCAGAGCAUUUGCCAUGCUUGUUUGGAGGUUUAAUGCUUUUGAGUUAAAUGGUCACUAGUGUUCUAAAAACCCAGAAGGCAUGUGCCAGUGCAUGUCAUGUUUGAGUUCUCUACCAGUCUGUGAUCAUUACACUGUGCCAUAUGAGGGGAAAGAAUGCCCUGGGUCCAUGUGUUGAAAAUGCAGUUUUCUUUUGUAUUAAAUUUAUCUUAAUCAUACAGUAUGUGAAAUGUUAUUUUUAUAGCUACACUUUUUGUGACUGAAAUGAUUGUACAUACUGUAAAUACAAUCCAAAUAAUAAAAAAGAACUACACCUUCAGUACAAAA